GCCCGAUCAAACACCAGCUUCCACAAGAAUUGCCCUAUCAAUAUGUCGGUCGAAGCAUCUUCAACCCUCCAGCCUCGGUGGCUGCUGGAUCUGAACGCCGCAACCCAAUCGAAGCCCAAACAUGGCGCCCUUCCCGAUCCGCCGGGCUACAGCCCCCCAAACGCCCUCCAGUCCAACAGAUCGAAGAACGCCAAGUCCGUCACAACCCGCAAGGCCCCUUCGUCAGAAGAGAUGGACACCCUGAAGCUCAAGAAGGCGUGGGAGAUGGCGAUCGCGCCGGCAAAGCAGCUGCCCAUGAACGCCUUUGGCAUGUACAUGACGGGCAACUCGCUGCAGAUUUUCUCCAUCAUGAUGGUGUUUAUGCUGUUCAAAGGCCCCAUCCAGGCCAUGUUCAACAUCCAGUCCACAUUUCAGCGAUUGGAGAGCGAGGGGAACAAGCAGCAGAUGAUCCUGGUUAAGGCGGCGUACGUGGGCUGUAACUUGCUGGCACUUGCGCUGGGCAUAUGGAAGGUGAAUGGCAUGGGGCUGCUACCGACUACACGGUCCGACUGGUUGGCGUGGGAGAGCGCGAGAGAACCCCUACAAAGAGCGUUUUAUGUCCCUUGAGCAGCUUUGAAUGUCAACACUUUGCAUUAUCUCAAGUCGAGCCGACCUUCCACUCUGUGAUGACUUCUAGUGAACCUAUCAGACACGCUUGAGAUCCAGUGGCGCCGCUUGAGGCUACCAGUUAUCGAAAACUCGGGACGACCCUCCUAUGCUUUGUGCUCGGGUGAAGCCUCGAACGGUAUUAUUAGCCGUCUCGUAUCUCACCAGAUGCCAUCUACUUUGAUCGCUGCGGACGCCUGCCGAUAGCUACAUGGGCCGCUUGCCGUUACUACUCAGCCUCUCCGAGUCGCAACCAAAGUACAUGUAGUUUCUAGGACACAACUAAAGUAGUUCCUACUGCGCAACUAAAGUAGUUCCCACUUCGAAACUAAAGUAGUUUCCCAAACCGGCACCCGCUAGCGCCCGCGCUGAAUGUCCAAUCAAAACGUGCAGAACGAAGGAGGAGAUCCGGCUACGAGC